UUUUGCGCGAGCGGGUCCAUUCGAUCGUUCCGACACAUCUAGUCUAUAACUAGGUCCAUAAAAAUUUUGGAGAACUUCUAGUUAUCGGGAUUAUAUUGGAAAGAUUUUCCUGUAAGUAGCGACCCUUUAUCAAGUUAAUAAUGAUCUAUUGGAAACAUAAGCCCUGAGAUAUCGCAUCAACUGAAAGAGAUGUUUGGCUCAUUCUUUCAAUCUGUCUUUCAGUUUGGAAAGAGUGAUUCCUGUGUAAAACGAAGAGAAGUAACAUAUUGUUACACUAAUGCACAAAGUUAUUUCAGUAGCUUGGUUUAGCAAUGCCUGUACUGCACACAUAUAAUUUAAACCGCCAACUUAGACUUUCAUACAAUAUGUUAACUCACAUAACGAAACCUUUGUUCUAAAAUCUCUAUAUAUAUAAAUAACGAGAGGUCACGACUGAUUAGAAAACUAAACAUUGAACAAAGAUACUAAACAUAGAAUAGAUCAAUGCUUGGCUUGAACAUAUCACUUAUUUUGGUAAUUUUCAUAAUGUGUUUUUCAUUUGAACAUGCAUCGUGGUGGCACCUACAUCCGCACAUGGCCUGGAACGAUGUGAUAGGUGAAUCUCACAUCAACACUGAAAUCCAUGGUACCAUGUUUGUCGUCGAUUUGUUUGAUGUACCUAAAAGCAUUAUUGAUAAUCUCCACAGGAAUGGGAAGAAGGUGAUAUGUUACUUUUCGGCUGGAACGAAAGAAAAUUGGCGAAACGAUGCCGGCGAGUUUCCAUCUAAUGGACUUGGAGUUCCUAAUAAGGACUGGCCAGGCGAGACAUGGGUGGACAUCAGAAAUAGUCAAGUUAGACGUAUAAUGAGAGAUCGGAUUGAAUAUGCAAAUUCCCGACAUUGUGAUGGUGUAGAUCCGGAUAAUGUAAAUGGAUGGUCACAGAAUCAAGCAGGACUCCAUUUAACACAAGAUGAUCAAUUAGACUAUAACAGAUAUUUAGCGACAGUGGCACAUGAAAAUGGUUUAGCUAUAGGACUGAAGAACGAUGUAAGCCAAAUUAGUGACCUGGUAGGCGACUUUGACUUCGCCAUAAACGAAUCCUGUAUGGAGUAUCACGAAUGUGACCUGUACAAACCUUUUUUUGAUGCUAGAAAGCCGGUGUUCCACAUCCAAUACGUGAGCUCUAUCACAGAAGGUCACCAGAAGCAAGAAGAGAUAUGCUCAUCGUCAAACCGACCUCAGGACAUGAAUACUUUAAUCAAAGUUGGAAUGAAAAACUGGAAACUUGCUUGUUGAAUUUUUUUCCAGUAAUGAGCAUCUUCGCGGCGUACUUGUUUUUAUUGAAAUCGUCUGAACAAACGACCAUAUUGUUUUAUUUUAUUAGUACAAUACUGAUGAAUACUGCAUAUGUGUCAUCAUGAUAUGUUUUGUCCUAGAUUAUUGGCGGUUAGCUGAUAUAUAACCUUAUGCUAGCCUACUUGAGAAAAAAAUGUAAAUCAUGUUAAUAAAUGCAUUGAUUUUGCUGUCGCAAUUUGAGUAAAUAGUACUACUUGCGAUUGCAAAAGCAAUUUGAAAUCGGCAAGCAUUGAUUUUUUUUUAUUUCUUAUUUUGGACGUAAACGGAACCGGUACGACGCAGAGCAUUCCGGCGGACAAAUCUUUGAUUGGUGUAAGAUUUCAAUACUGGUUUAUUUUUUUUUUCUCAUUUUGGUUCAGUUUAGUAGUAAUUUUGACAGAAUUAAUCAACUGCGACGUGACUUCACGCCACCCAAUGU